CUGGCAUCAUGCUGGGUCUGCAGAAAUUUCUGUUUGUCCAUGUUCUGGCAUGCCUCGGACGACUUGCACAUGGAAGUGAUAUCAUAAAUGGUGAAAAAGCCCCAGAGAACUCGAUGCAGUACAUGGCCUCUGUGCAGAACAACAAGGGUCAACAUGUUUGUGGAGGAUUUCUCAUCACUGAGGACUUUGUAGUCUCGGCUGCACACUGUAAUGACUUCACCCCCACACACGUUGUUCUUGGCAACCACAAUCUCAAGAACGGCAAUCAUCAAAAAAUAAAGAUUAAAAAAAAAAUCAUCCAUGAAAAUUAUCAACAGCUUGGACUGGGUAAUGACAUCAUGCUCCUUGAACUGCUUUCAGUUCAGCUAAAUGAAAGGGUACAAACAAUUCAGCUUCCACGGGCUGAAAUACACCUUGAAGAAAACCAAGUGUGUCAGGUGGCUGGAUGGGGAACAACUAAAACUCAUGGUAAAUCUGUUGAUGAGCUGAUGGUGGUGAACGUGUCUGUCAUUACAUCAAAGAACUGUGAGGCCCAAUGGCCUCGUCUUCCUGCCAAUGUAAUCUGUGCAGGUGGAUAUAAUACAACCAAAGGAUUCUGUCAGGGAGAUUCUGGUGGUCCUCUGCUGUGCGACGGGUUGGCUGUUGGCGUUGUUUCUUUCAACUAUAAAGAAAACUGCAGUUACCCCAAUAAACCCAACAUCUAUACAGACAUCUCAAAAUACCUUCAGUGGAUUGACGGGAUUGUGAAAUCCAGAAAAUAUGAUGAGUAAAGAAUUCACUGACAGUUUGGCUUGUAUAUUAUUGAAAUGUCAGGAUUUCUGAUUCUCUGUUAGCAUAACCAAAAAUGAAAAUAAAAAUAUA